ACGUCCAUUUUCAAACAGCAGCUAAUAUCCCGCCUUGUUCUCGCUCUCGCGCCAUUGCCUUCAAGUGACAGUGCACUUGGUUCCCCUGUUUCUGGCAUCCAAGUACUUACUUGUUUUUAUAGUGCACAUAUUAAUUGUUCGCUUUCCGAGGCGUUGUGGCGUCCUCGAUAAUUCACGGGAUCUAAAGAAAGUUUGCCCUUCUAGAGCAGCUUGCGGCCAGCUUUAGUCAAGUUUUUGCAAUCGAGAGUAAGCUGUGAGGCAGGGAAAUCAAUGGAACGUGCUAAAGCAAGUCGCUACCUCGUGACUCUUUUCCUCUCGCUCAUCCAAGUUGCAACGGCACAAACAACCAAUUCGCCACUUGCUUCCGCUCUCUAUGUCUUUGGAGACAACUCGGUUGAUGUUGGCAACAACAACUACCUCAAUACUCUUUUCAAGAGUAACCACAAGCCUUAUGGCAGAGACUGGCAUGGAUACAGCCGACCUACAGGCCGUUUUUCAAAUGGAAAACUGUUUGUGGAUUACCUUGCGGAGUAUCUAGGUCUGCCGUAUCCACCACCAAACUUAAGUCCUGGGGAGCCAAAGAUUAAGGGAGUCAACUUUGCAUCUGCAGGCUCGGGGGUUCUAAACUCGACUGCGUCCAUUCUGCGUGUUGCUUCUCUUUCUGGACAGCUCGACUGGUUCCGGAAGCAUCUGAAAACUUUACGAGCCUGGACGGGCGAAGUUUGGGCGAAUCAUAUCAUCGGAGAUGCUGUGUAUGUAAUAAGCACAGGCAGUAAUGACUACAGUAACAACUAUCUGCUGGAUCCAUCGCAGCACGACAACGUCGAUGAGGACACAUUUGUCGAACUUAUCUACAACGAGAUGGUGUCCUUCGUACACGAAUUGCUGGCAGUUGGAGCUCGUAAGAUCAUGGUGGUGUCAUUCACACCGUCGCACUGUGAUCCCUCCCAAUUGUUAACACAGCUGCCUGAUCCGAGCACUGAUUUGUUUUGCCAAGACCCGUACAACAUGCUUCCCCGCAGGUUUAGCGAAGCGUUGAGAUACCGCAUACAGUCAUCUCUCACUAACGGCAUGUUGCCCAGGAGGUCAUCUCUUAGUGGAGCGCCCACUUACGUUGUCUAUGGCAACAUUUAUGACACCAUUUUUGCAUUUGUGACCAACAGUUCAAGUAAUGCAUAUUUCAAGAGGCAAGAUUCUCCAUGUUGUGGUCCAACGUCGGAAGAGGAUGAUGACUUUCCAGGAUUUUUAAAUUGUAAUGAGUUUACAGCAACUGCCUGCUCCAAUGCAGAUGACUACGUCUACUGGGACAGCUUGCAUUACACUCAAAGAGUGCAGGAGUAUCUCGCCAAUCGACUCUGGAACGGUACUUUCGGUGUAGAUUGUCAUCCGUUUUGCCUCCAGGAGCUUGCAGCAUUACCUUAGUUGUCACAUUUGUUGCGGAAAUCCGAGCAACACAAUCAAUAGGAAAAUUUCACUAGUGGUAAUACCUUGAAAUAAUUCAUAUAGCUGUUCAUUUUGGGCAGGAAUUGUGUUAUGAUUGUCUGUUUAGUUUGCUCCUCGGAUACUGCCGACAGGUUUCAGGGAUACUUCUGAGACAAAACGUUCACAAAGAAAUGGUCGUCUUUCUUUGUCCUUUCAGUACACCUAAACACGUCAUGCCACAACAGCCAGGCAUUCAGAA